AAUAUUGUCUUGACCGGUGAACAUCAGGCUGUGAAAAUAAAUAAAAUUAACAGAGAACAAAGUAAGCUGAAAAGAUUAUUGUCAGCAAGUCAGUCAAUUAUUAUCCAGUCCAAGAGAAACAAAAACAAUGUCCGAGCGUUUCCGCAAGCGUGGGCGUGAGUCUCCGGAAACUGUUCCCGCAAAGCGUCUCAGGCAGUACGAUGCCACCGAAAAUCGUAUUGAAACCAUUGAGAUGUUGAUGGCCCAAGUAGGCGCAUUCAAUGUCGUCGGCGUCUUGUUGCGCAUCCAGCAACUGGAAUUGCUGAUCAGCGAAUGCCUGCCCGACGACAAGGAGCAGGUGCUGGCUAUUCUCAAACGCUAUGUGAACCGGCCCCCCAGCCACGCCACCAGCUCCUACGCAACCAUUGUGGGACUCCUCAACGUUGGCUUUUACCCAAUCAUUGCCGAGUGCCUCGGCGCCUUGAUGCAGGCCCUUCAGAAAGCACUCCUCAAAGGCAAGUGGGAGAAGGCACGCGGCCUGCUGCACUUCUUCACGGAGCUCUACAACUGCAAUGUCAUCAACGGCUCCUCGAUAUUGCGCCUCUACCUGACAUUCGCCCUGCAGUGUGUGGCAGAUGAAAUGGAUGGGCUUGUUCCGCAGCUGCGCAGCGACUUUUUUGCGUACUGCGUGAUCACUGCACUGCCUCUGAUCGGGCGAGAUCUUCAGCUGAGUGGUGAAUCCUUUGAACAUUUGAUCACCACGCUGCACAUCUACAUGCAGAAGCGCAAACAGUCCAAUGGAGUCCUGCUCAGCAUAUUCGAGGACACCGACCAGCAGGAGGACUACCUGGACACAUUCUGGCUGCAGAUCAUUCAUCUACGCCAAAACAAUUGGCUUAAACACGAUGGACGGCGUCCAUCCAUGUUCUUUGACAUCAAACUGUGUUCUUCCUUGCAGCACGAUCUGCCGGAGUUGGACAUGCCGGAGGUUAAUCUGGUGCUUGAGUACCCGCGCCCCUGGGUGGUCUUCCGCAUCUUCGACAUCGAAUACCUGGACAUUGAAUUACCUUCCACCAGCACCGAGCGCUACCAUCUCGAGUGCGAGAUCCUGGAGAUAUUCCAGCAAACCUGCAUGGAUCGAAAGGUCUGCGCCGACAGUCUGGUGACUUUAAUCGAUCGAAAUUCCGGCGGGCUUGCCGCUCACUGCGUCGUGGAGGUCAUCCUCGGACAGAUGCUGGCGCUGCCCAAGUCGCCGCAGAUCACCUUGGCCUACGGCAGCGUCCUGGUGGAGAUGUGCAAGCGUCGUCCCAACAUUAUGCACAAGGUGAUUGCCGAGGCCACGCUGGUUUUCAUCAGUAAGAUGAGCUCCUUGCGUGUGGCCUGCUUCGAUCGGCUGGUUAACUGGCUCUCCCACUACAUGAGCAACUUUAGCUUUGCCGCGGGCUGGAAACAUUGGGAGCCUUUCUUCACGGACUCUAGCAUCGAUUGCGAGCUCAAUCCCCUAGCGAUUUUCAUGCGGGAACUGCUCAAGAAAUGCGUUAGAUUGAGCUUCCACGAAGCUAUACGCCAGACCGUGCCGGUCUCGCUGCACAAGUACAUGCCGCCAUUCCCGAAUGCUCUCGUCCCGUAUUUCGAUAGCGAAACGCCCACCGGCCAGCUGGCCCAAGAAUUAAACAAAGAGUUGCGCAUGAAGCGCACAAACCCAGAGAAGAUUGAAGAAAUACUGGCACGCAGCGAGUUGGACAAACAGCCCAAGAUUCACGUGUUGAUCACGUGUGUCCUACGCAUGGGCUGCGCCUCAUUCACCCACACAUUUGCCGCCCUGAAAAUCAUGAAGACAGUGCUCUCGGAUUUAGUCACCAACGAGGAGGACAGCCACUCCAUCCUGUCUGGACUCGUCGACCUGUGGGUCACCAACGAACAGUUCCAGUACGUGGUGGCGGAGAAACUGCUGAGAAUGAAUAUCGUCCAGGCCAAGUACAUAGUGUCUUGGAUCUUUACGCCGAGGCUGAAAAAAGAUCUGACCAAAAUGUAUUUGUGGGAGCUGCUGUACGCGGUUAUGCGCCACAUCAAGAAUCCCGAGCGGGGGCCAAUCGUUCUAGACGAUGAAAGUGACUUCGGCUUCAAGCAUCUCAUGCUGGAUGCUGUUCUUCGCAUUGUCAAGGCCCUGAAUGUUUCCUUCGAGGAAAACAAGUCGGCCGUCCACCAUCUGGACGAUGAUUAUUGGUUCAAGUGGAUGCUGGGCAGACUUGAGGACUUUCUGUUCGUUCAUUUCAACGAUUUGAACAAAAUCAAGAGCAGACUCAUUAAAAUGUGCACUGGUCCCAAUAUGUGCGAGCCCGCCGUGAAGAUUAUUCAACGUUUUCUCGCCAUCUGCUUGAAAUCAAAACCCGAGCCUAAUGCAUCUCCAUAAUGUUGAUGGUUCCUCUCUUCACA